GAAAUAUCAGAAUUCAGUUGGUGAAUUAACUUUACACUAAUUGUUCAUUCUUGUUGUUAAAUCCAAGAAUAUGAAGAGACUUGCACUCUUUGUUCUAGGUCUCGCAGCUGCCGUAAAUGCAGAUUAUGGUGCAAAGUUAGAUGUAACGGACAUAAACGAUUUGGCGAGUAGAUUCGAAACCGACGUGGCAACAAUACAAGAAUGUUUGGACGAAACUGGGAUAACCGUAGUGAUAUUAAUUGAAGCGAGGAAAAAGUGGAGGUAUAUGCACGAUAAUGGUGAUAUUGAUGACGAAACCAAAACAGUUUUUCUGAAGCACAAUUCUUUCAUAGCGUGCAUGUUGGAAAAAAAAGAAAUGAUGAAAGACUCGAAAUUAAUUGCCGACAAGAUACUGGAAAUACUUCAGAAUGAUAAGAAUAUAAAAAAACCUCGAGCCAAAGAAAUCGUGACAGAAUGCGUGACUUCAUUAAACGAAAAUCGUGAAAUGUCUCGGGAAGACAGGGCAUUCGACUUGGUGCUUUGUGCCUUCUCCGAUGAAAACGAAAGAUAAAAAACAAGGAGAAUUCGUGCAAUCUACGGGGAUAACCAGACCGGACCGCCAAUCGUGAUAUUUCCACAUAUUAUGCAUUAGUAACAUUGUACAAGAGAAUCUUUUCUGUCAUCGGAGUUUAAGUAAAAUAAAAUGACGUCUCUGUAGAUGUA